AUGAUGGUGUCAAUAAAUUGUUUACUCCUAAGAAAGACUUCUUUUCAUGAUACUUUUGCGGUUAAUGUUGCUAAUGAUAAUGACAUUCGUGAUUCUUUGGUCAAAUUUGAUAAUUUAAAGAUUUUAGACCUCAAGUAUCUUAUCUAUAAUGAGAUUAAUCAUGAUAUUAAGUUUAAUUAUAAUGACAUUGACCUUUGGAAGAUUAACAUCGCUUACAAUGAUAACAAGCUUAAACAUGUUACUACUGAAGAUGAGUUUGGAGGCAAGAAACUUGUUAUUAUACUUCACAUCGAUGAAUAUCAAGAAAUUUUCACUUUUGAAAACAAUAAAGGGCUUUUUAAAGAGAUGAUGUUAACUCUUGGACCUUUAAUGACAGAAUCUAAUAAAGAUAAGGAGGGAUAUUGGAUGUGUAACACCAGUGUUUUACAACUUUUGUAUAAUACUAGUGAACUUCCACGAGCAUUAGAAACCAUUAUUAACGAAUGUUUCAAAAAAGAAACCUUCUUUCUAGACGUGAAGAAUAAUAAUUUUACUUUAUUUGAUGACGUGUUCCAAGUCGUCAUUAAUAGUCUCGCAAAUCAGUAUAAACUAGAUAAAUUUAUUAAGAAUAAUUGUAAUAUUAGUUAUAAGCUCCUGUAUUAUUCUAUCAGAGCCAUUCCAGUUGAUCUUGAUACAGUUAUAAGUAAAAAACUGAAAGUAUUAACAGUGAAGGACUUAAUGCGCGAUGGAUGGUUAAACAUAGUCCCUGACACUACACACAAAAUGCUCCAGCCUGAUUCAAAGAUGGUUUGGGAUACUUUAGAGAAAUUUGUAGCUAACUAUAAGAUAUUUCGCAAUAACCUAUUUGCUAAGCUAAAGAAAUAUAAGAAAGGAAUUUCUUUGAAAGAAUUUUAUCAUGGGGCAGUUAGCAAAGACUUGGUUCUAGAAAUUAAAAUGGGACUCAAAAAAUUAGACUUACUCAUGGAUCUGAAUGGCUUUGUUAUUUUAAAUGGCCACUCGGCACCAUUUGCUGAUAUUUUUUUAUUACGCAAAACAAUUCCUGAAAGUAGAAAUCUUCUUAUAGCAUUUCAACAGAAAUGGUACACUACGUCACAAGAAUUUACCAUAGAUGAUGCUGUAAUAGAAUGUAAUAAGAACAAAAAUGCUUAUAAAGAUGUAGAAGAUUACGAUUUGAGGAAAUUUCUUAAGGAGUCUUGUAUUGUGACAGUCAUUUUUACAUCACGACCAUUCAAAGGGAAUCCUAACGAUUUACCAGAUGACUGUCUGAUUAUUGCAAAGAGGAACUUUAAGCCCAAACAAAUUGCUGAGAGAAUUGAUGGGAUUGGAGAUAAGGUUGACCAAACAUUAGUUGGAGAGGUUAUAUCUGAGGCCAUAUAUAAAAAUCGACCAUAUAAAAAUGCCAGUGAACUUAUUGAAAAGAACAAAACUUAUAAGAUUACACUUGAAAAAGCUAGAACACAGCUGGAAGAUUGCUCAUUCGCUCCACACUCAUUCUUUCUAGAUGUUGAUGAGCAUGAUUUAAUGAUGAUAGAUGAAUAUGAUGAAUAUGAUGAAUAUGAUUCAUACUCAGAUAAUGAAUGAUACAAAUACAGAAAUAGAUAUAAAUACAGAUACAGAUAUGGAAGUUGUCUGAAAUUUGGCAACCAUACAGAGGGCG